AUGGACGACCUUCUGAGUACUUCCAAAGAAAGAAGGAUAGAAAACAGGCGAAACAGAAUUAGAAAGAAACUAAAUAAACAAGCGGAGCCGCCAAACGAGAGCGAACAAGCGACCACAAGCAAAAACCAGGAGGGAGAAAACACCAACGAUAAGCUAUCAAACACAGGAGAAGCUAAAUCUGCAUACAAGUUUGAAUAUAAAAAUGAAGAGUGUAAUGUAAAUUACGAUAACCUGAAGCAAGAAAUUGUUAAAAAUUUGGAAGAAAAAAAAAAGGACUUUCUGGGGGAAGUAUCCACUCGGGUAAACCAGAAGGAACAGCCCUUUCUGGAGCAAAUAAAAAAGUAUGUCGUGGAGUUGAACGAAAACAGCUUCGCCAUAAGCUCCAACGCAAAGGAGGAAAAACUCACAGAAGAAAUCGAAGACAUUUACCAGUCCGAGUUCCAAAAGAACAUCGCCGAUGUGAAGGCCUUGGCACUAAAAGAAAAAGAGUCCUACAAAAAGAAAAUAGAAAAAUAUUUCUCCCUCUUAAAGUAUAAAGACGAAAAGAUUAAAAAAGUGUGCGAAAUUAACUCGAAAAAUGUCCUAUCAUUUAUCGAGCUGAUGAGGGACCAAAUGGAGGGCUACAAAACGUAUCUCGAAGGUAAACAUGUCAUUCUUGAAUUGGAGGCAUCACAAUUUAUAUCUUUGGGUACCAUGUCAAACAUACUGACCAAAACACGCGAUGAGCUAAACUCGAAAAGGAAGAGCUUGCUGAAUAACAAUAAGGAGAUACUCGAAGACUUCAUUAGGAUGAGAGACCUGAAUUCCACUACUUUUCUGGACGAGCUGGAAAGCCACAAAAAGCUGAACCACAAAAUUAAGGAAAGUCACGAACAGAACCAUCUAAAUUUGAAGGGCAAAAAUGAGUUGCUGGAGGGUAACCUAGACACGAACAUGGAACACAUACAAGACAUUAACCGCAUCAUCAUGGAGAGAGAAAAAAAACUUUACGACAACAAACUCCUGCAACAGAAAAACAACCACAAUUUGAAAAUGAUAAAUUUUUACAAACUCGAAAUAAACAAACUGAGAGAAGCUCUCCUCUCCGUUAAGACGUACUACUACAACUAUAAGAUUAAGUCCAAAAAAAACGUCAGCGAGCUAAUAAAUCAGUACGAGAGAAUCAAGUUUCAAUUUAUCCAGCUCCAAAAGAGACAGAAAAGUUAUGAGCAAAAUUUUCAGAAGAAGUAUGCCAAAGCGUGGGAUUUGCAAAAGAGCGAGGCCAACAAACACAUCGCAAAAUUAAUAAAUGCAAACCAAAUCAUUCAUGAGCAAAUUUUCAUGAAAGAAUUCUGCAAGACGAAUUAUAAACACCUGGUUGAGGAAAAUUACAACAUAGGCUCAGCCUCCCUUAAAGAGGACUCAAAGCCGAACGAUGCCGAAAACGUCAAGCAAGUCACACAUAACCAAAUCGAACAAGUGAAAAAACUACUCCUCCAGGAAUGUAACUUUCUAGUUGAUGGGGAUGCGGAGGACGAACAGGAAAAGCUGAAAAAAAUUUUCAACUACAUCGGCGUUCACACGCAAGACGACUUGGAACUCCUAACUCAGUUGUUUUACGUUGACGACCAGCAGGAGAACGACGAAGGGGACCUGACGCACAACUCGGAAUACACACUGGACAUAAUCUUCAAAUACUACCAAGAGAAGGAAAAGGAAAAUGUGUGCAGAAUUGCGCAAAAUAAGCAGAAGUACAAAAAUAGAUUAAACAUCUCCCUAAAGCUAAUAAUUGAACGAAAAAAACAGGAAAAGGAGUACUGGGAUAACCUCGCUCGUAUCACUCCGCAUGACACGAUAGAACUGUGGAAGACGUUUUUAAUUUUUAUUGAAAAGUACUAUCACUUGCUCAAGGAAAGAGCAACCAUCAUUCAGAAUAUAUUUUCGGAGGAAAAACUAGUAAAAGAAAAUAUGAGUAAAAUUAACAGAAUGAAGGAGGCCCUCUCGAAGUUGUAA